AAUAUUUGGCAUACAUGUUUCGUUUUGUAGAGUGGAGACGAAGGAUAUUUUUUUAUUUUUUUUAUAAAUGUUUUUGAAUCCCUUUCUAUAUUUGAACGACUUUUAAACCCGGAAGGACAAUACGCAAUCUGAACUGUUACGUAUUCCGUGUCAACAACAUGGUUGGGUGACAGUGAAUACCGUUAGUCAAUAACAGGACAAAUCUAACGGGGACUAAUCGCUAAAAUGUUCACUUUCACGAAAGUUAAACUAGCUGUAUUCGGGAUAGGACGGCAGUGCGUUGCAGGACGGGCUCUCAAUGGAGCGCGAGCUGCGUGCAGAGGAUUCGCGUCCUCCUCGCCCGACGAUGAAUCCAGUACAUGUGAGAAUGAGCUCUAUGACAUUGUAAUAUCCGGCGGGGGAAUGGUGGGCACCGCGAUGGCAUGUUCGCUGGGACUUGAUCCAAAUUUGGCAGGAAAGAAGAUUCUUUUGCUGGAAACUGGCCGCAAAAAAGAGAUGGACAGGGUACCAGAGACAUACAGUACAAGGGUCAGCUCCAUCAGCCCAGGCUCAGCAACACUUCUUAGUGGUCUUGGUGCAUGGGACCAUGUUGUCAAUAUGAGGUGCAAGCCGUAUAAUAAAAUGCAGGUUUGGGAUGCUUGUUCAGAUGCCCUGAUUACAUUUGAUAAGGAGAAUCUGCAGGAUGAGAUGGCUUACAUCGUUGAGAACGAUGUCAUUUUGGCCUCCCUUACUAAACAGCUGCAGACCCUCUCUGACCAUGUUGAAGUGCAGUACCGAACAAAAGUGGUGAAAUAUACCUGGCCCAGGCCAUACCAUGUUGCUGAGUCCAUCCCUUGGGUUCAGGUGACACUAGCUAAUGGAAAGACUCUCCACACCAAACUUUUAAUUGGAGCUGAUGGGCCGAACUCAAUGGUGCGGAGAGAGUCCGGCAUCCCCACUGUUCAAUGGAAUUACGACCAAUCAGCUGUUGUCGCCGUUUUGCAUUUAUCUGAGCCCACAGAAAAUAACGUGGCCUGGCAGAGGUUCCUCCCAACUGGACCCAUUGCAAUGCUUCCUUUGUCGGACACUGAGAGCUCACUGGUCUGGUCAACCAGUCAACAGCAUGCUGAAGAACUUCUACUGCUGGAUGAGGAGAGCUUUGUGGAUGCCAUUAACUCUGCGUUUUGGAGUAAUGAGAACCAUUCUGAGCUGGUGGAGACUGCCGGCUCUUUGUUCCGGACUGCCCUGUCUGUCCUCAUGCCCGACAGCGGCUCUGCACGUCAGCUUCCACCUAGUGUGUCAGGAAUUGGCCCAAAGAGCCGGGUCAUGUUUCCGCUGGGUAUGGGUCAUGCCACAGAGUACAUCCGCCACAGAGUGGCCCUUAUUGGAGAUGCUGCACACAGAGUCCAUCCGUUAGCAGGCCAAGGUGCCAACCUAGGCUUUGGCGAUGUGGCCUGUCUCACGCAAGUUCUUAGCCAAGCAGCAUUUAAUGGGAAAGACCUUGGAGCCAUGCAGCACCUGUUGGAGUAUGAGACUGAGCGCCAACGACACAAUCUUCCCAUGAUGGCAGCCAUUGACCUCAUGAAGAGGCUCUACUCAACUAAUGCUGCACCUAUGGUUCUGCUUCGAACCCUUGGCCUUCAAGCUACAAAUGCACUGCCACCUCUUAAAGAGCAGAUAAUGGCCUAUGCUAGCAAAUGAAGACUAGCUGCACACUGGAUGUUUGCAGGAUCUCUAAAGACAUGUCAAAACUUUGGUCAUGCAAUGUAAAAGUGUAAAUUAAUAAAUAUUUUAUCCCUUAGUCUACACUGGCUGUCUUUUCUAUGCCUUUGCUUUUAAAUACCCAUAUAAAAAGUUAUACAAGAUAUAAUACAAUUUGAUUUGUAUGUUCUGUCAUAUAUUUCAUUUAUUGUAGGCUUCAUCCUAUGAAAGCUGCCCAUUUCAAGGCAUGUAACCUGUAAAAGAUAAAUACAGACCUGUAUGAUUUGUAUGUAACUAUUAUAAGAAAAAUGUAUGCAUUGUAAUGUGAAUGAAAAUAUAUUUUCCUGUAUGUUUAUAGGAAACUUCUACCUAUACAGUACUUGCCUUUGCAUAAUGUUUGGCCAAAUAUAUAAACCUACUACUAUGAAUUGUGUAUUUAUCACCAAAUACAUUUCAGGUAGAACAUUG